CUGCUAAUCUACUAUCUCCGGCUUCUACCUAGGUGCAAACAUGUCUCUUUCAGGACACGAGACGCAUGUGUGCUGCGAUGACUCAUCUGCUCCAGUCAGUGCGACUUCACUGGAUGAGUUGCAUUCUCUUCAAAAAAAGCCAACUUCACUUCCGAGCCAUGGCGCCGAGUCUAUCAGUGCGUCUUUGGCAUCUCACGCGCGGGAACAAGGCCCAAACGUGAUUAAGGGGGACCCAAAAGCCAUUUCCGGACAUACCGCCGUGCAUUUCGUCACUCGUGACUACGCCAGCGACUUUAACCUUAAAGCGACCCACGUUCUUCACAAUCUUUCGCAAGCAGAGCUUUAUGAGCACGCGAUCAAGGAUGAGAAGGGCACAUACAUUACGUCAACUGGCGCGCUCGCUACUCUGUCUGGAGCAAAGACGGGACGCUCUCCUAAGGACAAGCGCAUUGUGAAGGAAGAGACCUCGCAGGAUGAUCUGUGGUGGGGGAAGUAAGUCUAGCUCCUAUUUUCCAUCAUCCACAUGUGGUUGUUGGGCUUGAGCAUAUUGUGCUUCCUCAGAGGUUCACCCAACAUUGAGAUGGACGAAGAGACCUUCUUUAUCAACCGCGAACGUGCUGUCGACUAUCUGAAGUCUCUGGAUAAGGUUUUCGUGAACGACCAGUUUCUGAACUGGGACAAGGACAAUCGGGUAAAAGUCAGAAUCAUCACCUCUCGUGCUUAUCACGCUCUCUUCAUGCACAACAUGUGCAUCCGGCCUACUCAUGAGGAGCUGGAAACGUUUGGUGAACCUGACUUUACCAUCUAUAACGGAGGGAAGUUUCCAUGCAACCGCUUCACUCACUACAUGACAUCAUCAACCAGCAUUGACAUCAAUCUGAAGAGGAGGGAGAUGGUCAUUCUUGGAACUCAGUAUGCUGGUGAGAUGAAGAAGGGACUCUUCGGAUUCAUGCAUUACCUGAUGCCAAAAAGAGGAAUACUGUCACUUCAUUCUGGCUGCAAUAUGGGGAAGGGAGGCGACGUAUCCCUGUUCUUCGGUCUUUCAGGCACGGGGAAGACGACGCUGUCAACAGAUCCUGGGAGGUACCUGAUUGGGGACGAUGAGCAAUGCUGGAGUGACAAUGGUAUAUCCAACAUCGAAGGAGGGUGUUAUGCAAAGUGCAUUGACCUGUCACCGGAGAAGGAACCGGAGAUCUUCCACGCAAUCAAGUUUGGGACAGGUAUGUCGCUAUCUUAUUUCGCUCUGUAUGCGUCUCAUAAGUUCAGGAAUCUCAAACAUUUGUCUUCUUCAGUUCUGGAGAACGUGGUUUUCGAUAGCCACACCAGGGUGGUUGACUAUUCCGACAAGUCUGUGACUGGUAAGGUCGUGCUGUUUUGCGAUUGUCAGUAGUAUCAUUAAAACCACUAACGAACGACGUACUUACAGAGAACACCCGUGCCUCAUACCCUAUCGAGUAUAUUCCCAAUGCGAAGAUUCCCUGUGUUGGUCCCCACCCGAAAAACGUCAUUCUGCUGGCCUGUGACGCAUUCGGAGUUCUUCCUCCCGUCAGCAAGCUGACCCUUCCCCAGACCAUGUAUCAUUUUAUCAGUGGAUACACUGCUCUGGUUGCUGGCACUGAAGAGGGUGUCAAGGAGCCCCAGGCAACGUUCUCCGCCUGCUUUGGGGCUGCAUUCAUCAUGUGGCAUCCCAUCAAGUAUGCGGGUAUGCUUGCAGAGAGGAUGCGCCAAAAUGGAACGACUGCCUGGCUCGUGAACACGGGUUGGUCCGGAGGCAGCUAUGGCGUGGGAAGCAGGAUGAAGCUGGCUUAUACGCGAAAGAUUGUCGAUGCCAUCCACAAUGGGUCACUUGCAUCUGCUACCUACAAGACCACACCGAUAUUCUGCCUUCAAGUCCCAGACAAGGUUGAUGGUGUGCCGCAGGAGAUUCUCGAGCCACAGAACAUGUGGGCUAACAAGGAUGCCUACAAUGCAACGCUGAAGAAGCUGGGUGGUCUUUUCAACAGCAACUUCUCCAAGUUCACAGAAAGCAUGGCUGGUGUGGACAGUACCUUGUCUGAGCAGAUUCUCUCAGCAGGGCCUCAGCUAGUAUAGGGAUAUGUCCAUGCAGCAACGAGUCUCUACAAUAAGCACCUGUCACAUGUGUGCAAGCACAGGAGAUGUGCAAAGGCUAUCGAGUUUAACACCACGCUGUAUUGCUAGCAAGAAUAAAGCCUGCAGUGAUUG